AUGACGGUCCAAUACACGACCGAUAUGGCCGAUCCACGAACUACACUGCUCUUCAAAGCCACUCAAGACUCUACGGGACACCAGAACAGGCGAUCGAUUGACUUCUCGGAUUCAGAUCUCUAUUCUUCUGACGCGGAACUUGAUGAUUGGGACCAGUGCGAAAUCAAGGACGAUUCCGAGGACGAAUGGAUCGAUGUGAGCGAUGCUCGAGACUUUGCGCAGCUUUACAAGAAGAAAGAGGACCUAAAAGCCGGCGAAAAACGCCAGAAGACAAACAAAGGUGCCAAAUUGGACGAAUCGUGGGAAUUGGUCCCUGUUCCUGGCAACGAUCGAGGAACAGAUAAGGGCACCAGCCGCAAAACCGGUCCGGGCGAUGAGGACCAAAGGCUCCAUUUGUUGCUUCAGGCCAUGACCCUAGAGGACAAGAAAUAUUGGGACCUGGAACCACCUCCCCGGGUCUUUGCGCCACACAAAUUAUCACCGGACUUGGAUUACACCCCCGAGAUGCCGGCCCCCGGUGAAGCCUCGACGAGAUCCACUCUCGCCGAUCCGCCAUCCGAAGCUCCCCAAAGGCGACGAACCAUGUUGUUGAAACCGAGACUCCGCUCCCGUCCUAGUAUUCCCGCAGCGCAACUUUUGCGCAUGGAGGCGGCGUCUAGGGAAGUCCACAAGUGGGGAGAUUUUCUAGAGGCAGACAAACGCAGCAAACUCGAAGACUCGUCGUCGUCGCUGUACACACAUGCACCUUCACCUUGA